CCUGUUUCUACUCGCCUCAGAAACAUUCCAGCCCUCGAGGCUGCCGGCUGGUUAAAAACCAAAGAAGCUUCAUAUCUGCAGUUUGUCUCUUUAGUGAGUUCAUCGUCGUCUCACCAUGUUAGUCUCCACAUUCCUCUGCAGGUUCUGUCGCUCUAAACCUGCAGGACUCCGAAUCUACGCAGCCAGUCCGGUCUGGUCUGCUUGUGUUGUUUCCAGGUUCAGCAGCCAGCCCACAUCCACAGAUGCGUUUGUUCGUUACAGCUUCGGCCGCCCCGUCCUCUCUCUGCGACUCCCUGCUGGUCAGCAGAGUCGCUUCACUCUGACGCCCAUGUUGACCACGGUCGGUGACCUCCUGCGUGACAUCACAACCAAGGACCCCGGGGUGCACACCGCCGCCCUGCUCAACAGAGAUGGACAGAGAAUCUCUUCAUGCACCUUCAUGGAAACAGUUUUAAAUGAAGACUUUCAGCUGGUCAUCAAUGGCGUCACACACAACGUUCGCUCACUUGGACAAGGUUCGUCUCAUGAACACAUGUUGGGUCCGGACGACAUGAAGUACGUGGUCCGCCUGCUUCACUCGGCUCUGAAUCUUCCUCAGCGGCAGCACAUCAAACACAACGAGCUGCUGAUGAGACAGGAGCAGCUCAAAGAGCAGCUGCAGCCGCUCGAGACAGUGAGAGUCAAGAUGGCGCAGGAGGCGGAGUCUAGAGCAUCAAUACUGGGGUGGGGGGGGCUUGCCUACCUGUCCCUGCAGGGAGGAUUCCUGGGUUACCUCACCUGGUAUGUGUUUGCGUGGGACGUCAUGGAACCAGUCACCUUCUUCAUCACCUGCAGCACCAGCAUGAUGUUCUUCGCCUACUACAUCCUCACCAAACAGGAUUUAAUCUAUCCGAAUGCGCGAGAUCGUCAGUUCCUUCACUUCUUCCACCAGAAAGCAUCUCAACAGAAAUUCAAUGUUCAAAAAUACAACGAACUCAAAGAAGAGCUGGCAAAGGUGGAAGGUGAUCUCAGCAGCUUGAGGAGCGCCAUCCGGCUGCAGGUGGAUCAGCCUCAACCACAGAGAGCCACCUGAGGUUUCACUUUAUUCUUUUUUUGACAUUAAAUGUCCCUUUUGCACAUUUUCGUACUUUGUUUCUUCACGCUUUUGUCAUCUGUUUUUAUUAAAAACACAAUGAAGUAAAAA